AGAAAAAUAGAAACUCAAUGAAAAACAAAUCUAAGAAAAGUGAAAACCAAACAGAUACAGAAGCUAUUAAGAAAAAAAAACUGACUAGUAGACAAAGAAAAGCACUUACUAAAAUUAUAGAAAAAAAACAAAAGAGCCAAAAGAGAUCUGAAAUGUUAAACGAAUUGAAGAGUCUUGAACUUUCAGCACCUUCAUUGUCUUUGAUGACAUCCAUAAGUCAAACUCAAACAAGUGGAUUGAGAAACGCUUUGAGGCAAAAAAAAAAAAGUCAAACAGUUAAGCCUAUUGAAGAAAAUAGGAGCUCAGAUGAGAUGACGGUUGAUGAAGAUAUUGGUUCAGAAAUUGACGAGGAUGAAAUUGUACAAUAGUUUAUUUAUAUUACUUAAAAUCACAUUCACCAGAAAGUCUGUAAUUAUUAAUUUUAUAAUGGUGGCCAUAUUGAUUUUACUUCUUUAUGAGCUGAUUGUGGUAACCAUGUUAAAUAUUCUUCCAACAGAUCUGUAAAAACGAAAUAAAGAUUGUUGUUAACAUCAGACAA